CAUAUGUAUAUAGUUCGUUGGACAGAUUUAUUUUUUCAAGCUGUUAUUAUGAUAACCUUCAAAAUUGUCAAACAUUUGCAAUGCAUAAAUUGCCUUUCUUAACCACUGCGCAGUUAAUUUAAGAGAAACCUUGUAAUGGAUCGGAAGUUUAGUUGGUCUUACAUGGGUUUUUGCUGUAUUUUGUCGAUUGUCGGAGUAUUACCGUCCCUAGGUUCUGAAUGCAAAGGUGAAAGUUGUGGAGAUGUGAUUUCAAUGCCGUUGUUGGAUGAUAUGAAAGCUACAUUAAAGGCUAAUUUAGAUGUUACAAAUAUGAACAAUCAUUUGAAAGCAUACAUCGAACAACAGAUACAGAAGGGUGUUGAAACAGCUAUGAAAGAUGUUAUGAGACAGUUGAUUGAUAACAAACUAGAAAAGGUCAAUGCUACAAUAGAAGCAACAAUCCUCGCAGAACUUGAACGAUAUGGUAUUACCUAUGUCAGAUGGGGAAGAAAAAAUUGUUCUGAUGGUGCUGAACUUGUUUAUACAGGUCAAGCUGGUGGUAAUCGUUAUAGUUAUAACGGCGGCGGUGUUAAUUAUCUUUGUCUUCCAAAUGAUCCAGAAAAUGGAGAACACCAAUCAUAUGACAAUCCUCAGCUUUUUGGUGCUGAAUAUGAGAUAUAUGCAGAUCGGAACCCACGCGGAAUGUCGGCCAACUUGGGUAACAGAGAGGUACCAUGCGCUGUCUGCCACAGGAAGCGGAGGUCUUCAGUAAUAACAAUCCCUGGUAGAAAAACCUGCUACAAAGACUGGAACGUUGAAUAUAAUGGAUACUUAAUGGCAUCUCAUGUCAACUACAAAAGGACUGAUUACGUAUGUAUCGAUGUCAAUGCCGAACAAUUUGACAAUAAAUCAGCCACUGAUGAAGACGGUGCCCUCUUCUAUCCAAUCAGAACCAGCUGUGGUAGUUUGAGGUGCCCUCCAUACAAAGCAAAUGCAGAUGUUUUAUGUGUGCUAUGCACCAAGUGAAAUACCCAUUAUAAGACUAAUAACAUCAAAAGCAAAUAUACAAAAAUAAUAAAAACGAAGCGUUUCCAACCUUUUAUAUUUUAUUAAAAUCAUAUGCAUGUUG